CCGGGAAAACAUUCAAAUUUGAAAAUUUCUGCCAAAAGUAUUUCGAUUGUUGCCUAGAAUCGAUUCCGUUGACUGAAGAUUGUCGAUUCAGUGUAUGUUUAGUUGCAUAUUUUUCGGCGCCACACAGCGCUAAAAAAAAUCAGCAUCUUUCUAGCUGGACCAAUUGUCACCUAGAAAUACACAUUACCAAAAAUCUAAUUGUCAGUCUCAAAUCUGCCAUAAAAAUGUUGAUACUAAUAGAUUGUGUGAAAUAUCUUGACACAAAGAUGGCAAUGUAGCGUGUUAAUUUUUCAAAGUCUACGAUGUUUUCAUUGUAAUUCGUUGCGGCUCGUAUCGUAGUAACGUACUAACCUUACAUUGAAUGAUUGAUUUUAACUAAACAGAACUGAGGUAUUUCCCAGUGUCAUGGAUAACUCCGGAGACCCUAAAUCCAGGGGUUGUCAGGGGUUGGACGAAGAAACAGGUGACGUGUGUGGGGAAACUAGCUCAUUAAGAAUCCUCGAUGAAUUCAAAAAACUCUAUGAAGAACGCAUCAGGAAAAUCAGCGAAGAAGCUGAUGGAAAUUCUGAUCAUACAAAGCUUAAGAUUAUGGAAGAAUGGGUGAAAGAUUUAGGUGAACAAAACGCUAUGCUGGUGAGAACUGUAGAGGAACUUGAACGUGAAGCUGCCAAUAGAGUUACGUUGUUACAGGAAAAACUCCAGCAGUCUGCUGCUACUGUUGCUAAUAUUACUCGACGAAGUAUGGCUGGAGAAGAUGGGUCGAUGACGGUUCUCGCGAAUCGUGUUUCUCAACUGAAGAGAGACGAGGAAACUUUGCAACAAAAAAUAGAAUUUCUCCAAAGCGAUAUUAGAGGGUUACUGGAGCUUAUUAGGCGCGCGACCAGAGAAAAUUGUUGGAGCCUCGAUGGGAUAAGGUUCUUUGAAAUCCAGCCUAGCGACAUCCCCACUCCUCUAGACUGCACCUGUGGACAGGAGAAAGAAGACACUGCAGAGUAUGUAGCCAGUCUCAAGGAACAAGUAGAUCAAUUGAAGGAAAGUGAGAAACGUGCGAUAACGUAUCAAGCAGCGUUAGAAGAAAAGUUGGCUGAACAGAGUAAACAAGUAGUGUUGAAAGAAGAGACAAUCAGGAAAUACGUCUCUAAACUUCAGUCCCUCAGAGAUAAUCUGAAGAAUCACUCUAAGCUGGCUAAUCAAAUUGUUAUCGAAUCAUCUUCACCCAGCGCUGAUCUUGACUCUGAUAUUGUCACAAUGGCUGACAUUAUGGAAAAUGCCUUAAACACAAAUGAGCUAGAAAUAGAAAAGUUGCGAGAGGAGUUGCGAGAGAGUGAAACAAAAUUUGAGAAGCUUAUGCACGAAAAGAGUCUCGAAAUGGACAAUUUGAGAUCUCAACUUGAUCAAAAGUGCAUGGAACUCCAACAGACUGAAUGUCGAAUGGCUUGCUUGCAAAAAGAAUCCUUGGAAACUCGCGACGCAUUAACGGUAGAAGUAGCUGAAAAGCACGAUCUCGUUCUUACAUUACGAAAAGAACUCGCCAUGCUUGAAGAACAAUGCCGUCAAUCGGAUAUGCAAACCCACUUCAAGGACGAUAUCAUCAAGGAAAUGAGGCGAGAAUUAAAACAUGCCAAGUCUAAGGAGACGUGUCCAUCAUCGCGAAGGGUACGGAUAAAAACAGAUACUUCUAUGGAGGAAGAUGAUGCUAUAGAUGGAAACGCUCCGACCCACCAUCAGGGAGAAAUCUUGGUUUAUUUGUCCAAUGCCAAAGUAUUGAUGGAAAAGGAAAAAGAAGCGCUUUCGAGUUUAAAAGUAGAGCUGCAAAAAAUGCUCGAAGACAUCGCGCUCAAAGAAACUGAGGCAUGUAUCGACGAUGGAGAUAAAAUUCAAAUGAAGAAUUUGAAAAAGCGUGUAGCAAACAGCAUUGAGAAUAUUUCAAAAAUCUACAAAGAUAAAGAAAAAUCGAUCGGUUUGGUGAAAGCAAUCGCAAAAAAAUGUAAAGAUGACUACCCACCUCCGGAACAGCCCUCAAUGGUAAACCAUGAAGCUAUUCAACAUUUCCGCAUGAUGGAAGAAUUCCGAAUAUGUACAGUAGAAGCACAGGCAGCAACAGAAGACAUCCGCGAGGAGAUGGCUACAGUUACCUGUAAUCUGAAUUCACGACAUGAAAAGUUUGCAGAGCUCACAAAGCUAGUGCAACAAAUCCAAGAACAUCUUACAAAAACCCGGGAAAAUUUGUCCCAUACCAUAAACCAAUUGAAAAUCCAAGAACAAGAGAAACUGAGGCAUAGUGAAAGAAUAACAAAUGGUGCCAUGAAGCUCAAGGAUUUGAAAAACGAAAUGAAUCAGAUGAAAAGUGAUAUAUCACGAUGCAUUAGCACUAGCACUGAUAAUAUGCAAGAGUGCAGUUCAAUUGGUUUUGUAAAGAUACACACUUGCGAUGAUCUAUUAAACAUAGUUAACGAUGAGAUCCAACAAAUUAUAACGAAUGUACAGAUCUACCAAACUGGGGCCUGCAAUGCUGUACCCGUAUUAUUAGAAGUCAAAGGACAACUAAAUCAAUUGGAAGAUUGCUUGAGGAAUCUACAAAAAAAAGCAGAUGAAGUGUUGAUAGAUAACGAGAUAGCUCAGAAUGUGUAUUUAGAGAGGAGUAAAAAACUUGACAGACUUGAGCUGGAGCUUGACAAUACGCACACAAAAAUGCAGGAUUUACUUGAAAACUUCGCUUCUGUCAUGGAACAAGUGUCUUCCGGAAAUCCUUGUGCGUUAUCUGAUCAAAGUGACUCGAAUUACUGUAGUCAAGCUACUCCAAACAAAAGCAAGGAAGAGGAUUUAAUCAAAAUAAAAGACGAACUGCGUAAAAUGAAGAAAGAGUGUGAUGAUUUAAGAAUACAAUCAUUAUCGGAAAUGUGCCAAGCGCAAAAGCAGGAGAAGAUUAAUGAAUGGAAAAGCCGUGUGGCUGAUUUACAAAAUCAAAUUAGAGAGCUACAGAAUGAGGCCAAAUGUGAAACAGCUUCAAAUGAGUAUCUCAGAAAGAAAAUAGAGUCAAUGGAGCAGGAACUUUGUUCUGUAGAAGCAAAAGCUCAAGCACAAAGACGAUGUCUUACUUCAGAUAGUGCAGAGUUGAAAAGCAGAAUUUUCGAAUUGGAAUGUACUGCAAAAAGACACAAAGAAAACGAAGAUCUCCUUCGCAGAGAUCUUGACUGUAGUGAAAUCGAGCUCAAAAAAUCAAAAGAUCUCUUAAGUUCCUAUAGUCAGUACAAGUCCGAUGGAGUAAACUCCGUCUAUAGUCAAGAUUUCAAGUACGAGAACAUACCCCAGUCUUUCAAGGUCUUGCAAGAGACGAUGCUGUCGGCCAGAUGUGGCCUGGAAGAAAUCGGAAAUGAGCUCAAAAAAUUGGUUGGCGAAGGAUCUUCCCACUCAAUUCUAUCGUCUGAUUCUUUCACAACGGCAAUGGAUAUGCUUAGAAAGUACGGCGAAACUACCGAACAUUGUUCCACCGAAGUUGAAAAACUCAGAAAUGCCUUGUGCUCAAAGGACAAAUUGCUCGAAAAUAAAGAAGAAAUAAUCAAAAUACAGAAAGACUCUAUAAAGAUGACUCAGGCGGAGUUGAAGGACUUACAUCAGAAACUGCAGGAAAAGGAGCAGUUGCAAGAACGCUGCAAAGAUUUUGAAGACAUGAAAGGGAAGAUGGAAGCUUUGGUGAAGACUAAGAAUUGCUGGGAAGAAAAGUACAAGAAUAUGAAACGAUUGUGGCAGGAAGUAGACGACGAGCUACGAGAACUUAGAUCAAUCUUACUGGAGAAAGAAAAUGAUAUAAAAUGUUGCCAAACGGAAAUCAGUAAAUGCAAGGCAGAUAUGGAGAGCAAAGAAUGUGCGACUCAGGCUUUGAUUUGCCAACUCACCACAAAAGAUGCUAGUAUAAAAGCUAUGCAAGGGAUGCAUUGUGUGAAAAUCAAAGAUUACGAGGACAUGCUGAAGAAGUCAGAAAACAUCGAGAGGCAAUUGCGAAAUAAGAUCUAUGUAUUAACGGAGAGAGAUAAGGACAUGAAGAAACAGUUACAGAAAUAUAAAAUGGAUUUGGAUAUAUUUGAAAAGGAAUUACAAUCUGAGAGAAAAACUAACGCUGAUAUCGUACAGUUACAAAACGAGAAUGAACUUUUGAAAAAAGAAUUAGGAGACCAUACAAAGGAAACCGAAAAUGUCAUAAACGAACUGCAAAUUUUGAAAGAUAAUGAAGCGCGUUUGAUCAACGAGUUGGAAGAGAAACAGAACGUCAAAUCUAUUGUGGUAAAAGACGAACUCCAGAAGUGUAACUGUGACUUAGUCAAAUUAACCACAGAAGCUAAAGUUAAAGAGGAAGAACUUAAAAUAUUGAAGGAAUUCAAGAAAGAAUUAGAGAUAAAAGAUUUAUGUGGUCAGCUAAAAUGUUUUGAAGAGACGAGAAUGGAGCAUUCUCAGAUGAUAAAACACUUGGAGGAACAAUUACAAAUGAGUGAGGAUAGAGCUGAGGAAUGUUUCGGUGAAUUAAAUGUCUCCAAGGAAAUGUUGGCUGUAUUACGCGACAGGAUUUGUUCGUUGAAGGGAAUACUUCAAGAGAAAUCAGGCGACAUGGUAAAGUUACAAGCGGACCAUCAAAUUCUCAAGAAUGCUAACUCUAUCUUGAAAGCAGAACAAGGUAUAUUUGAAAACAAGGCGAGGGAGGACAUCAGUGACUUGAAAAAAAAGUUGAAAGCAGUUCAACUCCAAUUAUCUGUUAUGGAAGACAAUUACCACAGAGUUACACAAGAUUUCAAUAAGAGCCAGGACCUCCUUGUAGAAGCUACGAAAAGAGAAGUUGAAUUACAACGCGCUAUAACGUCCGUGGAAAGCAAUUUACUAUCGAAGCUAUCAGUCGCAGAAAGGGAAGCAAGUCGCCUGGGCGAUAUGGUUGACAAAUUAAGCGAGGAAUUGGAGGAUACUCACAGUGAACUUUCCUCCAAAAAUUCACAACUUUGUCAAGCGCAAUGCCGUAAUAAGUGCUACGCCAGCCAGUUGCAAUCCAUUCAACAAGAAUGUCGGGAACAUCAAGACACCAUUGACAAUCUCCGAAUUACCAUAAAUAAAUUGGAACUGGAGCACCACGAACUAGUGCGCUCCAAAGAAUCUGAACGUGCAGAUUUCAGAUCGCAAAUUGAUAAUCAGACUAGCUGUAACAUGGGAGAUGGCGCGAAUAAAAGAUUAAGUGCCGAGUUAGCGAAAAUGCAGGCCGACUAUAGAGUGAAAGCAUGCAAAGAAACUGCAAUGCAAUGUGAGAUCCAGUCUCUGAAAGACAAGUUACUAAAAGCAGAAGAGGUAAAAUGUGGUCUGUCGUCCCAACUACAACAAUGUUUGCAAGAAAAUUGUGAACUUGCGUCCAAGAAGAGUAUACUUGAACAAAAUAAUGGCAAAUGUGUCUCAGAGCUUCAGGACAUGCACCAAUCCUUGUUGGAAUUACGCCAGGAGUGUCAAACGAAGACGAAAUCAUUGGUCAGUAUGUCAGCUGAAUUGAGUCAGGUGGCAGUAAGUCGUUCAGAAUUGUGUACCGAGUCACAAUACGUGGUUCAGUGUAUUCGUGCCUGGAUGGAAAAGCAGAGGAAUCUAGUGGAAACGGUUGCGUCCAAGCUCAACCUUAAACAACAACAAGUCAUGCAGCUUGCGUUUGAGAAAAAGGCUCUUCUUGCAACAAUAAGAGAACUGAGACGAGCAAACUGCGCACUCACACAGAGAAUAAAACGACUUCACAAACCAUCUCUUUGCAACCGAGUGUCGAAAAGCUUGUACACCGGUUGCAGGACUUCUCCACCAUUGAUAUCGAAUUUGUCCAAUAGUCGAACUGGGACACUAAGCUCUAGUUAUUCCCGCAUAGGAAAAAAAUCAUCUCUUGGCCCAAUUAGAAAUGCACGUCGAACUGCGGUGUGUGGUCAUUCAUGGUGGUUUCCAAAAAUGGAGCAUCUGACCAAAGAAUUGAGAAAGAAUAACCAAUGGUGGAAUAAAAAUGCAGUCGAAAGAGCAGGAAGUGACCCUGGCCUGGACGAAAGUAGAGACUGUGGAUAUCAAUCCUCGACAAGUAAAUGAAAAAAGAACUUGAGAAAUUAAGUUGAGUUCCCGUCUACCAUGGGUGAUGGUAUUUUUACUUUUGUACUUUAUUUAUACUAGAUGUGAUGUUUGAAGUGACGCAGCUGAGGAGCUAAAGUCAAAUUUAUGAUAUCCUUUUUUUACAAACUGUAACAAGCAUAUAAUGGAUCGUGUUUUUUAUCAUCGUAUACAAAUGUAAUCAACUUUUGAGGAAAUAUAUAUCGACAUAGAUUUAGUUUUGCAUUUCUUGGUAUUCGAUAGUUACAUUUGUAUCGAUUUUCUCUCUUCUGGUUUCUUACUUUUCUUCAUCUCCCCGUUGUGGAGUGUCUCUCUCCAAGGUCAUUAUCAAUCGGUAAUUGGGGAGACAAACAAAUCGCAACAAAGGUAAUUGACGCAUAUAUACCUUAAAAAAUAAAUCUAGGGACUGUUUACAUUCUGUCGGUGUAAAUACUUCAAUACUUUUUGGAGGGUCCUGAAAUUUGGAUUUCAAAUGAUUAUAAAACAAUUGAGAAACAUUUUCUGGGAUCAAAUUUGUAAACCAACCAGAACAGAAUGAAGGAGUAAACCUUCUUUAAAAAAUUCGUAUGUUUCUCGAGCUGUACGCCAGGAUGUUGUCAAAAAAUAUCGAUGUGUAAAAUAGAACAGUCCAAGCAAUGAAGAAAUGCCCAUUUCAGUAAAACCAUUAUCUCUAUAAUUGUAUGAAAUUGUUAACGUCUCAUGAUCACAUGAUUUCUCUUGAAAAUUACCUGGAAAAUCUGAAAACCUCCCACAUUAAUUGGAGAAAAAUUUCCUUGUUCUGACCACGAAACAAAGUGUUAUCCGGUAACUUAUACCCUGAAAUAAGAAUGAUUCGGUCACAUUGUCUUGCAAGCAUUUUUACAAGACUGCACAGAUGUACCGAUUAAUGAAAGUAUAGCAUCUUUGCUGUCUUGGCACUGUUUCAUAUAUGGCAUAUCUAUUUGUUGGAUAAAUACCCAAGUACAUAUUUGAGGAACUAAAGGAAUAUCAUAUGGCAGAUAUGCUGGAAUUGGUGGGCAAGACCAUUUGCCACAUAAAUCAUCAUAAUUUACUUCAAUGUCGAUAUUGGGAACAGAUGAUAUUUUUUUGGCAAUAUUUGGUCCACCGAUUGAAAGUGUAGGCUCUGAUAAAAAAAAAUUUCUGUUAUCUCCAUAGAGCUGUCUCUUAGUUAACGAAAUCUUGCUGGUAUUUUUCGAAGUAUUCGCAAUCUCUUGCUCAACCGUUGCUUCUCCCUGAUCUGCGCAAUCAGACAUCUUCUAAUUACUAUCAUUCGGCUGUAUAGCCACCACGUUUAAUGAAGGCUAAAACCAUGACUUUUCUGACCUGUUUCUCUUUUAUCAUCUGAUAAAAUAAAACAAAUCACAGAGAUUCAGUAUAUUUUGUUUCGGUACACUCAUGGACAAAGGUCAUGUGCCAAUAUGAAAAUUGAAGAUAAUUCAAUUGGUCACUUAAACUGUGACAAAGUAUUUGGUAUACAGUUCUCAAAAAAUUUGCCACGCGUACAGUGGCUGCUUGUAACGUAACAGAAGAGGAGUGAAAUUUGGAAAACCAGAAGAAUAUGGCGAAAUACGCAAUUAUUGCUAUUUUGGCGAUGAUGGGGUUCAUUGCGCUUACUGAAGCUGAUACUCACGAUGAUCCGUUUGAGGGAUUAGGAAGAUUUGUGUCUGGCGUGAUAGAACACCAGAAUGCAAUGAUGUCAUCAGGCACCACGACUGCAGCGAGUAGUUUCUGUCUUUUGAUAUUGGCGAUAUGUGCCGCAUUUCGCACGUAGUAUGUGAGAUAUGGAGUUAGAAUUAUGUAAAUUCUAAAAGUGCCAACGAAAAUAAUUUUCAAUACGUUCUAUUUUAUUAUAGAGUGACUUAUAAAUAUAAUAUGAAUUAUUUUCUGUAAAUAAAUAUAAUCUUGGGUAACAA